AUGUCGCUCUGCCGAAAGGGUCAUCGCCGGCGUGGGCGGAGCGGCGGGCCCUUCGUUACAGAGACAACAAAGACAUUUCACCCCUCGGGCUGUUGUUGCAGACAGAAAAACAAAUUUGGCGCGCGUGCGCGCAAGGAGGCGAAGAGGGCGCCGUCUGCCUGCACGCUCGAGGAGGAGCGGAGGGCGAAGGCUGCGGCAGAGCUUCGCGCACAGGAGGAGAGGGCGGCGCAGCUGGCUGCUGAGCAGGAGUCGGCGAGGCGGGCGGAGCGCGAGGCGGCAGAGCUAGCGGGUGCCGCAGAGCAGGCGGCGUUGCGCGAGGAUGCGGAGCUGGCAGAGGCGCUGCUCCGGUCAGAGGUGGAUGCAGAGGAGGCGCUGGUGCGUCGGGUGUCGCGGUGCGAGGAGGCGGUGAGCAGCGAGUCGACCGGCGGCGGCGGGGCCUUGCCGCGGCGUGUCGAGCGGCUGGAGGCGAGCCUCGGCGCGGCGACCGAGGGCAGCCUCGAGGAGCGGGUCGGCGCCAUCGAGCGCUUGAUCGGGCCAGAGGCGGGAGAGGCGGCGGAGCAGCAUCUGCCAGUCACCGAGCCGUUUGCUGCCGUCUCACUAGCCGACGCCGGCCUCGACACGGGGCGGCCGGCUGCCCCCGAGUCCACGAUGGGGGGCGAGACCACGUGCAUCGUGUGUUUCGCGAGAGUCAAGUCGCAUGCUGCGGUUCCGUGCGGGCACUUGUGCGCUUGCGGGCCAUGCUCUGAGCUGAUGCGAGAGUGCCCUUACUGCCGCGAGCCAGUGAUGAUGUGGAUGGUUCCGCGUCCGGUCUAG